GUGCUCUUCUUUUAGUCACUUCUAUUUAUUUUGGGUAUAGAUGAAUACAUGGCUAUAUAGCUAAGAAUUAGUACAAAGAAAAUUUAAUUUACACAUAUACUUCUAAGGCAUGCAACUUAUAGAAUCGAACACCGUGGGAAUUGAAUCUGCAAAAAGGAAGACGGCGGAAGAGAUGACUAAGGAGGAAGAGGAGGUGGUGGCGGCACCACCGGAGCCGCCACACUUCGUCCUUAUACACGGCGUAGGAGGAGGAGCUUGGUGUUGGUACAAGCUGAGGUGUCUGAUGGAGAGCUCCGGCUACAAAGUCUCCUGCCUUGACCUCAAAGCCGCCGGUAUAGACCCGUCCAACGCAAAUGAUAUACUUUGCUUUGAAGAUUAUAACAAGCCCCUCCUUGAUUUCCUCGCUUCCUUGCCUCCACAUCAACAGGUAAUCUUGGUGGGGCAUAGCGCAGGAGGAUUGAGCGUUACAGAUGCGACGUACAAGUUUCCUCAAAAGAUAAGCCUGGCAAUCUACCUCGCUGCAACUAUGCUUAGAACUGGCUUCACCACCGAACAAGACAUCAAAGAUGGAGCUCCGGAUGUGUCGAAUCUCGGGGGAAUGGAUAAUGUGUUUGAUGUGGGUUAUGGCCUUGGUCAAGAUGGACCUCCUACCAGCGCUGUUGUCAAGAAAACGAUACAACGGAAACUUAUCUACCAAAUGAGUCCACUAGAGGAGCCCAAGACAUUAUCCAGUAUGGAGCCCGAGCAACUAGUCCCAUUUCGGCCCAUCCGGCCCACUUUGACCACCAGGCCCACUUCGGCCCAUGCGGCCCAUUAGGGUGGAGAGCCUCCCCUUCCCCUCCCCUAUAAAUACGGAGCUUAGCCUCCAUGUAAAGGACCUUUUUCCUCCUUCUUCAUGCUUCUUCUUCUCUAGAUUAGAUAAUACUCCAUUAAUGGGAGCUUCAAACUUGUAUAAUGUAAUGGUGAGGAGAGCCUAAUGAGAAUUGAGAGGGCUUGGACAUUAGCCUAAAAAGUCCCGUGGUUUUCUCCCUUUCGGGUUUCCACGUAAAAACUGAGUUGUUCAUACACAUUUAUACAUAUAUUUACUAUAUCGUGUUGGAUUAAACUCAACACUGGCGCCGUCUGUGGGAAUCUGUCCAAAAAGAUUCAUGUGUUCUACACAAAAAUGAUAUGGAAGUGGACUGAUUUCAGCAAAAAAUGAAGAAAAUGAAAACAUCCUGGAAAAAUGAUUCUGAGAAGCUCUGGAUCUAGGAAGGAAAAUGUGAUGCUGAAGGUUUUUGGAUUUCAACGAGGGAGAAGAAAAGGUGUUACGAAGAUCUGGGCUUUUAGCACAAAGAAAGAAACAAACGGUUCUGAGGAAGGAAGGAAGUAUGAGAAGCUAUUGAGUCUGGGAGCUCGGAUCCGGAUUUUCCGGACUAGGAUGGACUCGCCGGAAACUGCCAGAGCCGCCGGAGGUCUCGGACCAGUUCAGGACGCUUCGGCACAAGCAGCUGAAGACCGCCGGUCACCGCUCGUGGCUGGCUUGUCCACCUUGCCAUCAACCGGAGCUUCCUGGGUUCUCGCCAUUUACGGCGGUUUAGAGCUCCAGGGAACCAAGUGUGCAGACGAAGCUAAGCCUCCACAGACGCCUUCGAUCUGCUGUGACACCAUCACCGCCGUGAGUCAGCGGCCGAUGUGUACCUGGCGUCGGCGGGGUGUUCCAUCUGCCUCUCCACAGACGCUCUUCACUCGGCUGAGGGCGGACCACGUAGGAGGGGACCAAGUCUGAAAAAGGAGUUAGCAGAUGAGUGGAGCACAUGGUUUUAUCUGAGUGGGUCAACCAGCUGCUAAGUACGUACUCCGUAGUUCGGCUGAACUGCUCCAAGAGAUAAGUAUCAAAAUACUCCCUCUUUUACGUGUUGAUUAAGUUUCAAUAAAUGUUAUUGCUAUUAAUUAUUAUCACCAUUAUUUAAUAGGGAUAAAAAUCUCCCGAAAUUAAAUAAUGUCGAGUGAUAUUCUAGUGAUAACUAGUUUCACCGUCAUUUAAAUUUAAUGACUGGUUGUUGUGGGCCCGUCGGCCCGCUCCUGAUCGGCUUUAAUUAGCGAACGGAGCAUAUCUGAAUGGCCUUUGAUAGGAUAAUAUCAUUGCUAUUACCUGUUACAUCACUAUUAUUUAUUAGGGAUAAAAAUGUCCCGAAUUAAAUAAUGUGGAGUGAAGUUCUAAUGAUGGUUGGUUCAGCCAACAUUUUAUUGAAUAUUUAAUUUCUUGUGGGCCUGUUGGCCCACUCUCGAUCAGCUUGAUUAAGUGAUCUGAGCGUCUCCAGAAGGGCGAUGCCCCGACGACGCGUUUUAAUUUGAGGGUUGUACGUUAGUCCGCACGGCACUACGUGCCCGAUCGGCGAUCGUACCCCAAUAUCAUCUACGCCAUUAGGCGCGAAGUGACUUUUGCCAGACGCGGCCUGUGGGGCCCCGAGGGCACCAAAGCGCUCGGCCUCGUGUUUCCGAGGGCGGUGCAACCAACUUGGGUCUGAGUUUGAAAACUCACGGACCGUUGAAUAUCUCUAUGUGACGUUCGGCGGGCUGCUGAUUGGCCCCGCCGCGAGCUGCUACGUCCAUUAACCACGCACGAUGAGCCGGGCCGAGGGUCACGAUGACCCAUAGGCCGGUAAUCGUGGAUGUUAAAGAGAAAGCCAUGCAGAUGGUUAUGUGUGUAUACAUAUUGUCGGGCCGUGCGGCCCGUUACCAUGCUUAUUGCGCAGCUGAAGCCGCUCGACGUGAUCGAGCGAAAUGAUUAGAAGACGCUCGGCCCGAGUCUUGAGGACAUGCAGGGCCGGCUAAAGAGGAGACCAUCACGGCUGAGGACCGAGAGACGAGCAUCUCCACCUAGAGGCCGAGGGCUUAGAGGAGACCACCACGGUUGAGAACCGUGGGACAAGCAUCUCCACCCCAGAGACCGAUGGGCUAGGAAGAACACCCAGAGGUCGAGGGCCUAGAGGAGACCACCACGGUUGAGAACCGUUGGACGAGCAUCUCCACCCUAGAGACCGAUGGGCUAGGAAGAACACCCAGAGGUCGAGGGCCUAGAAGAGACCACCACGGUUGAGAACCGUUGGACGAGCAUCUCCACCCCAGAGACCGAUGGCCUAGGAAGAACACCUAGAGGCCGAGGGUCUAGAGUGGACUACCACGGCGGAGGACCGUGAGGCGAUCAUCCAUCACUCAGAGGCCGAGGGCCUAGAGGAGACCAUCACGGCCGAGGGCCGUGAGACCAUCCUGAUUUUCAAGCCGGCCUCUCACCGCCGACAUCAUUAUAUCACGACCGGCCUCUCAGCACGGCGUGAUUAUCUUAUUUGAAGACCGGCCUCGUCCCCGCACUGCACGGACGAGGACCGUUGCUUGAUUUCAGGUCGGCCUCUCAUUGCCGACAUCAUUAUAUCACGACCGGCCUCUCAGCACGGCGUGAUUAUCUUAUUUGAAGACCGGCCUCGUCCCCGCACUGCACGGACGAGGACCGUUGCUUGAUUUCAGGUCGGCCUCUCAUUGCCGACAUCAUUAUAUCACGACCGGCCUCUCAGCACGGCGUGAUUAUCUUAUUUGAAGACCGGCCUCGUCCCCGCACUGCACGGACGAGGACCGUUGCUUGAUUUCAGGUCGGCCUCUCAUUGCCGACACCGUCGUACCACGACCGGCCUCUCGGCUUGGCGUGCCUAUCUUUUGAAGACCGGCCUCGUCCCCGCACUGCGCCGAUGAGAGCCGUUGCUGGAUUGCAGGUCGACCCUCAUUGCCGACACUGCCACAUCAUGUUCGGCCUCUCAUCGCCGACAUCAUUAUAUCACAACCGGCCUCUCGGACCGGCGUGAUUACCAUAUUCGAAGACCGGCCUCGUCCCCGCCACCUCGCGGACGAGGACCGUUGCUUGACCAUAUCUUGAUCGGCAUCUCAUUGCCGACAGUAUCAUACCACGACCGGCCCCUCGGCUCGGCGUGUUCAUAUUUGAAGACCGGCCUCGUCCCCGCACUGCGCAGAUGAGGACCGUUGCUUGUUUCUCAGAUCGGCCUCUCAUUGCCGAUAUCGUCAUACCACGACCGGCCUCUCGGCUCGGCGUGCUUAUCUUCUGAAGACCGGCCUCGUCCCCGCCCUCGCGGACGAGGGCCGUUGCUUGAUUUUCUCAGAUCGGCCGCUCAUUGCCGACACCAUUAUACCACGACCGGCCUCUCGGCUCGGCGUGCUUAUCUCUUGAAGACCGGCCUCGUCCCCGCCACCCCGCGGACAAGGACCGUUGUUUGAUUCUUUCGGGUCGGCCUCUCACUGCCGACACUGUCAUGUUAUGUUCGGCCUCUCAGCACGACAUAUUUAUCUUUUGAAGACCGGUUUCAUCCCCGCGCUGCGUUGGAUGAGAGCCGUUGCUCGGAUAUAUCGGCCUGACUGGACACUAUUGCCAUCUCCGUUAUCAGGACCGACUGCUCAGCGACAUUAUGAUCAUUGUAUAUCGGCUCCCAAUGCCGACCUUCUUGAGUUAGCGAUCGGGCUCACCCCUCCCUUCAGGAGGGUGACCAUCGCCUUCGCAUGACGACCAGCGUCUCCAUCGCCUCGUCAUUAUAUUCGUUCGCUAUGCCACCACUAUUAUGUGUGACAUCCCGUGAUCCCUGCGAGUUUCUUGGAUACCGCAUGUCUUCUUCGAUGUAGGAAGAUCGGUAGGACCACAGACCAGGGACGGACUAAGAAGAGCUAGGGAAUCUCGAUGCAGAUAAACCUGUUCCUCCUUGUGAUGUCUGCGGAUACCUGAACGUCUCCUCGAAGUAGGGACGCCGGUAGGACCAAGGACCAAGGACGAACGAAGCACCAGGGAAUCUCGAUGCAGAUAAACCUGUUCCUCCUUGUGAUGUCUGCGGAUACCGAACGUCUCCUCGAAGUAGGGACGCCGGUAGGACCAAGGACCAAGGACGAACGAAGCACCAGGGAAUCUCGAUGCAGAUAAACCUGUUCCUCCUUGUGAUGUCUGCGGAUACCGAACGUCUCCUCGAAGUAGGGACGCCGGUAGGACCAAGGACCAAGGACGAACGAAGACCAUAGAUUACCUCCCUAAAAAAAAAAAAAAAAAAAAAAAAAAAAAAAAAAGGGAGAAGAGGAGGGUAGCUCCUAUGCGGAAGGGAAUCUUGCCCGGGUGUGCCAGAUCUUCCCCCACCGCCGAAGACGAACGCCUCUCGAUGUAGAGGUUAGUAGAGACGUGGAGGGGGCUAGACGAACCAAGGGAGCCUGCCAAGAUAAACCUGUUUAUCCCACAAAUGACCAUGGAUCGAUGGACGUGGGAUAACAAAGACGGGAACCCGUGAGGGUAAACCAGUUCGUCCCUGCGAGUUCCUUGGGUACCGAACGUCUUCUUCGAUGCAAGAGACGCCGGUAAGACUAAAAGGACCAGGGACGAACGAAAAAGGGAGGGAAUCUCGAUGUAGAUAUACCUGUUCCUCAUUGCGAUGUUCGCGGAUACCGAACGUAUCUUCGAUGUAAGAACGCCGGUAGGACCAAGGACCAAUGACGAACGAAGACUAAAAGACUCCAAAAAAAAAAAAAAAAAAAAAAAAAAAAAAAAAAAAGAUGCCAGAAGAGCACGGAGCAAAGAAUGAUUUUUAUCCCUCGGCGAUAUUGGCCGGGAAGUACAAACUGAAAAACAUAUGUAAAGAAUAAUUACAAAACUUGAGUACGAAGAAUGAAGUGGCCGACGACGAUCGGCUAACAUCAGGUUUUCUUUUGCCUCGAACGACGAUUAGCCCCCCAGAUCAGGUAGAAGGGACAUCGCCCAGAUUUAUUUCAGGCUCACCAUUCCUUCCCGGAUGGAGUCCUGGCAGACGAUCGGCUUCUCACAGCCAAUCAGGAGAGAGACUUGACACAUCACCAGCACGGCCGAGGGCCGUGGGACGAUUACCACUCACCGACAGGCCGAGGGCCAUGAGAUGAUCAUCACUAUUUUUCUGUAUCACGAUCGGCGCCCCAGCGCCAUCGUGUCCAGACUCACGGUUCGUCUCGCCCAUUCCCUUCCAGGAUGGCGACGACCGUCUUAUGCAGUACGAUCGGCCCCUCAGCGCCAUCGUACCUGGCUUCACGGUUCGGCUCGCCCAUUCCCUCCAGGAUGGCGACGACCGUCUUAUGUAGCACGAUCGGCUUCCCAGCGCCAUCGUGUCUCUUUCACGUUCGGAUCGCCCCAUUCCCUCCAGGAUGGCGACGAACGUCUUAUGCAGUACGAUCGGCCCCUCAGCGCCAUCGUACCUGGCUUCACGGUUCGGCUCGCCCAUUCCCUCCAGGAUGGCGACGACCGUCUUAUGUAGCACGAUCGGCUUCUCAGCGCCAUCGUGUCUCUUUCACGUUCGGAUCGCCCCAUUCCCUCCAGGAUGGCGACGAACGUCUUAUGCAGUACGAUCGGCCCCUCAGCGCCAUCGUACCUGGCUUCACGGUUCGGCUCGCCCAUUCCCUCCAGGAUGGCGACGACCGUCUUAUGUAGCACGAUCGGCUUCUCAGCGCCAUCGUGUCUCUUUCACGUUCGGAUCGCCCCAUUCCCUCCAGGAUGGCGACGAACGUCUUAUGCAGUACGAUCGGCCCCUCAGCGCCAUCGUACCUGGCUUCACGGUUCGGCUCGCCCAUUCCCUCCAGGAUGGCGACGACCGUCUUAUGUAGCACGAUCGGCUUCUCAGCGCCAUCGUGUCUCUUUCACGUUCGGAUCGCCCCAUUCCCUCCAGGAUGGCGACGAACGUCUUAUGCAAUACGAUCGGCCCCCUCAGCGCCAUCGUAUCUGGCUUCACGGUUCGGCUCGCCCAUUCCCUCCAGGAUGGCGACGACCGUCUUAUGUAGCACGAUCGGCUUCUCAGCGCCAUCGUGUCUCUUUCACGUUCGGAUCGCCCCAUUCCCUCCAGGAUGGCGACGAACGUCUUAUGCAGUACGAUCGGCCCCCUCAGCGCCAUCGUACCUGGCUUCACGGUUCGGCUCGCCCAUUCCCUCCAGGAUGGCGACGACCGCCUUAUGUAGCACGAUCGGCUUCUCAGCGCCAUCGUGUCUCUUUCACGUUCGGAUCGCCCCAUUCCCUCCAGGAUGGCGACGAACGUCUUAUGCAGUACGAUCGGCCCCUCAGCGCCAUCGUACCUGGCUUCACGGUUCGGCUCGCCCAUUCCCUCCAGGAUGGCGACGACCGUCUUAUGUAGCACGAUCGGCUUCUCAGCGCCAUCGUGUCUCUUUCACGUUCGGAUCGCCCCAUCCCCUUUCAGGAUGGCGACGAACGUCUCUUAUGCAGCACGAUCAGUGCCCCAGCGCCAUCGUGUCUGGCUCACGUUAGGGUCGCCCAUCCCUUUCAGGAUGGCGACGAACGUCUCUUAUGCAGCACGAUCAGCGCCCCAGCGCCAUCGUGUCUGGCUCACGUUAGGGUCGCCCAUCCCUUUCAGGAUGGCGACGAACGUCUCUUAUGCAGCACGAUCAGUGCCCCAGCGCCAUCGUGUCUGGCUCACGUUAGGGUCGCCCAUCCCUUCCAGGAUGGCGACGAACGUCUCUUAUGCAGCACGAUCAGUGCCCCAGCGCCAUCGUGUCUGGCUCACGUUAGGGUCGCCCAUCCCUUCCAGGAUGGCGACGAACGUCUCUUAUGCAGCACGAUCAGCGCCCCAGCGCCAUCGUGUCUGGCUCACGUUAGGGUCGCCCAUCCCUUUCAGGAUGGCGACGAACGUCUCUUAUGCAGCACGAUCAGCGCCCCAGUGCCAUCGUGUCUGGCUCACGUUAGGGUCGCCCAUCCCUUCCAGGAUGGCGACGAACGUCUCUUAUGCAGCACGUCUGCCUCUCGGCGCUGACAUGCCCGGUUUAUCGAUGAGAGCCACCGCUUUCUAUCACAUCUCACAUUCCUUCUCUCAUACAUUGCACCCAUACAUUACAUGCAUUCAUGCAUUCAUGCAUCAUACCUCAUACAUUCAUACAUACACACGUGCAUCGUGCUUUGACAGUACCGCGACGUCGGUUUAUAGAUACAUGGACCUCUAAGCUUCUCCGAUUGGAAAGCUCGAGUCAGAGUCCUUUACUCCCGCCUGAUGCAUUCAGGGGGAGUGUGCCCGUGGAGGAGCACCCUUCGCCCGACCCCGUCGGGAAGGGGGGUGCCUCACCGGCAGAUUACAUUCAGGAGUGCAGACACCCACUCGUAUAUUAUGAUUAUUCGAAGACGCAAUUUCCAGCAAGACAGAGGAAGAGCGCAGGCAAGAGUAUACUUUCUCGAGCAGAUUCGCACGCUCACUACUCAAGAAACUGGGGGACUUGUGUUGGGAUAUAUUAUCCCGGCCUAUUACUGUUCAGGAGCCCAAGACAUUAUCCAGUAUGGAGCCCGAGCAGCUAGUCCCAUUUCGGCCCAUCCGGCCCACUUUGACCACCAGGCCCACUUCGGCCCAUGCGGCCCAUUAGGGUGGAGAGCCUCCCCUUCCCCUCCCCUAUAAAUACGGAGCUUAGCCUCCAUGUAAAGGACCUUUUUCCUCCUUCUUCAUGCUUCUUCUUCUCUAGAUUAGAUAAUACUCCAUUAAUGGGAGCUUCAAACUUGUAUAAUGUAAUGGUGAGGAGAGCCUAAUGAGAAUUGAGAGGCCUCUCAGGACCGUGUUGAGUUUAAUCCAACACGAUAUAGUAAAUAUAUGUAUAAAUGUGUAUGAACAACUCAGUUUUUACGUGGAAACCCGAAAGGGAGAAAACCACGGGACUUUCGUUAGGGUCCCGUUAACGAGCUCCGAAAGGGAGAAAACCCGAAUGUAUGAGCUCCGGAUGUGUCGAAUCUCGGGGGAAUGGAUAAUGUGUUUGAUGUGGGUUAUGGCCUUGGUCAAGAUGGACCUCCUACCAGCGCUGUUGUCAAGAAAACGAUACAACGGAAACUUAUCUACCAAAUGAGUCCACUAGAGGAUUCGAUGUUAGCAGAAAUGCUACUACGGCCAGGACCUAUAAAAGCAUUACAGAGUGCUAAGUUCAAGGAAACAGACUGUGCAGAAAGCGUUCCUCGGAUUUACAUCAAAACAAAGUACGACAACAUCCUUAGAUCGGAGCAGCAAGAUGCGAUGAUCAACAAGUGGCCGCCGGCGAGCGUGUACAAUUUGGAAAGUGACCAUAGCCCUUUCUUCUCUGCCCCUUUCGCGCUUUUCGGUUUACUAGUCAAAGUUGUUAAUUCCUCUUACAAUAAUAAUAAGAUAUGUGAAGUAAGUUAAAUAUUUGUUUUCAUUGUUGAAUUGUCGGAUUUCUUGAUUAUAAUAUUGUUGUUAUUCAUAAUAAUAAACAAUUGCGG